GAUAGCCUAUGUACCCAUGUUUGUUCUGUUCAACUGUUUAUUCAAAACCAUGCAGAGUUAAAUUGAUGACAAAAUGCUAGAAAAGCAAAAUUUGAGGAUUUUUUAAAUGAAUUUUGGUUAUCCAACUAUUCCCUAUAUGAGGAUAAUUUUCCCAAUAUGAAUGGCCCCGGCCCCAGUCCCAAAAAGUGGUGUGAGAGCCCUGGCGUCCGCUCUGACUCUCCCAUAUAAGUCAUAAUAUAGAAGCGGGGGUUAGAGUUGGAGGAAUCUCGGAUUAAUUUUUUCACUGUUUCCACAACAAAACAUUCCUGAUUAAUAUUAAUAACUACCUCCUGGCCUUGAGAUCAUCAAAAUUGCCGUCUAUUUAUACUGCCAUUUUGGUUUGCAGGAUAAUUUGGCCAGCGCACUUUGUGCAGAUGUCAACUACGAGAUUACUUGACAGAGGAGUGCUUCUGAAAACUGUUAAGAUAUUUAUUGAAGCUUCAAAAUUCAAAGGAUGAUGGACCAAAAGUCUGAUGAGUAUUCUUGUGAUUCUGCAGAAGUGAUGAAAAAAAGGAACAUUGCACACAAAGAAGAAGUAGACAAAUCAUUGGAAGAGUCCAAGGAGAAAAUUCACAAUCAUCUGGCUCAUGAUGACGAUGAACAAAACAUGUCUAGUGAAAAUGAAGAAGAAGUAGUUAAAUUAUCAAUAUACUCAAAGGAGAAAAUUUGCAAUCAUUCAAGUGAUGAUCAAUAUGAUAAAGUUAUUAUGUCAACUGAAAAUAAAGAGGGAAACACAUCAUCAACAGAAACAAAGGAUAAAAUCAACCAUUAUUUUCAUGAGAGUGAUGAUGAGAAUAAUGAUGAAGAUGAUGAUGAACAAAUUUUGUCAAGUGAAAAAGAUGAAAAAUCAUCAAGAGACACAAAGAAGAAAAUCAUCAAUCAUCUUACACCUGAUGAUGAUGAUGAUGAUGAUGAUGAUGAUGAACAGGAUGUGUCAAGUGAAAAUGAUGCAGAGGAAGAUAAAAUAGUAGAUGGACAAUUGGACGCCAGUCACUUAGUAGAGGAAAAGAAAUCUUUCAUUAAAAAUGCUGUUGGUGUGAAGAAAAGUGAAGGAGAAAAACAGAAUAGAAAAUUAUUGAUGUCAUCUGAGGAUGAUUCCUAUAAUUCUGUGAAUUGUGAAUCUGAGAUGAAUCAGCUCAUAGAGGAAGUUGAUGAUCUGAAACAUAAUGGAGAACUAUCUGCCCAAUCACAGGAGGUGUUAGAAGACACUGGAGAAUUAUCUAUCCAAUCACAGGGAGUGUUAGAAGACAAUGGAGAAUUAUCUGUCCAAUCACAAGAGGUGUUAGAGGACAAUGUUUACAUUUGUAAACUCUGUAAUAAGACCUUCUCUCGUAAAAGCACUUUCCAGUCUCACAUGAGAAAGCACAAAAACAAAGAUCGAUAUAAGUGUGAAACUUGUGGAAAGUGUUUUGAUCGCCGGGCGAAUCUAGAGGGACACAUCCGCAUACACACAGGAGAGAAACCCUUCAUGUGUAGCGUGUGUGGUGAAGCUUUCAAUCAGACAUCAACGUUACAGGGUCACAUGCGAGCACAUACAGGGGAUAAGCCAUACAUCUGUACAGAGUGUGGCAAAGGUUUCAGCCACUCCAGUGAUCUGACUAGGCACGUUCGUAUUCACACUGGUGAUAAGCCGUUUGUAUGUGACCACUGUGGACGAUCGUUUGCCCAGUCUUCUUCUCUGAACAGACACGUACAGAUACACCUGGGCGGGCAGAUAAAGCCUUACCAGUGCGAUCAGUGUGAGCAGGCCUACACGUACGCACACCAGCUUCAGAUCCACAAACGGACUCACACUAACUACAAGCCACAUCAUUGCCACAUCUGUGGAAAAGCCUUCAACCAGGUUAAAUACGUCACCAAGCAUAUCCGCACACACUCUGACGUGAAGCCCUUUGUGUGCUGUAUUUGUGGGAAGGCGUUCACUGACUCGGGCUUUCUACAGAGACACAUGAAGAUACACUCGGGUGAGCGUCCACACAGGUGCGAGGUCUGCGAGAAGACGUUCGUUCUCAAAGACAGCUUGAGAAAACAUUUCCGCCGCCACACUGGGGAACGACCGUAUAAAUGUGAGGUUUGUGAUAAGGCUUUCGCUGACUCUUCUGCUUGUAGGAGACACGCCAAAAAACAUGAACAACUCUUACCCACAUCAGAUGGUGUGGAAUAAAGCCAUAUUGUGUUAACACAGAUCUGUGGGGAUGAUAUGACAUGGUGUCAUAUUGGUGUGAAAUUGACAUUGAUCUGUGUGAACUGACAUUUUUUGUUGAUGUCAAUUUGUGUGGAAUGUCACAAUAUUGUUUUUGGCAUUGACCCAUGUUGAUUAACAUGACACUGUACCCAUAAUCAAUCUGUGUUGAUAAAUAUACAUGUAGUAAGUUAUGCAUUUUAUCUUCAUCAAUCAGUAUCAUUUAAGGUAGUACAAAACACCCCUGGAU